UUUAAAUCUAUUUUAGCUAAAUCCGUUCACAAAAGGGUUGGUACAUCCCGUGCCCCUGAAGGAUGAAGGAGGUAGGGGAGGCCCUGCGGGGGCUCGAGGAAUUCGCUAGGUGGGUUUUCAGGCUUCUGGGUGUGCUUUCAAACGGCCAGAGGGCGUGAGGCUUCCGCCUUGGCCGCCACCUCCCCGCCCAGCUGUGGUGUUUGCUGCCGGCCUUUCCCGGCACUUCCUCGUUCCCGCGCGCCCCGGGCGCAGCUCCCUGUACCCAGCGCCGGCGCUCCUCAGACCGGAGGGGGCCGGAGGGUAGAUGUCGCAACCGCCUCCCUCCCUCUUUCCCCGCCUUGGCACUCAGUCGCCUCCCAGAUGAGCACUCUCUCAGACCGCUGCUGGCCGCCGGGACCCGGGAAUGUACUCUGAAUGCGCGCGGGCUGCGGGCUACGCGCCCCUGCGAAGCCUGGAGAGAGCCAACCGCACCCGCUUCCCCUUCUUCUCCGACGUCAAGGGAGACCACCAGCUGGUGCUGACCGCGGUGGAGACAACCGUGCUGGCGCUCAUCUUUGCAGUGUCGCUGCUGGGCAACGUAUGUGCCCUGGUGCUAGUGGCGCGCCGGCGACGCCGCGGCGCGACCGCCUGCCUGAUGCUCAACCUCUUCUGCGCGGACCUGCUCUUCAUCAGCGCGAUCCCGCUGGUGCUGGCCGUGCGCUGGACCGAGGCCUGGCUGCUGGGCCCCGUCGCCUGCCACCUGCUCUUCUACGUGAUGACCUUGAGCGGCAGCGUCACCAUCCUCACGCUGGCCGCGGUCAGCCUGGAGCGCAUGGUGUGCAUCGUGCGCCUGCAGCGCGGCGUGCGGGGUCCUGGGCGGCUGGCGCGGUCAGUGCUGCUGGCGUUCAUCUGGGGCUACUCGGCGCUCGCCGCUCUGCCCCUCUGCGUCUUCUUCCGAGUCCUCCCGCAGCGGCUUCCCGGCGCGGACCAGGAAAUUCCGAUUUGCACACUGAUGUGGCCCACCAUUCCUGGAGAGAUCUCGUGGGAUGUGUCUUUUGUUACUUUGAACUUCUUGGUGCCAGGACUGGUCAUUGUGAUCAGUUACUCCAAAAUUUUACAGAUCACAAAGGCAUCAAGGAAGAGGCUCACGGUGAGCCUGGCCUAUUCGGAGGACCACCAGAUCCGCGUGUCCCAGCAGGACUUCCGGCUGUUCCGCACACUCUUCCUGCUCAUGAUCUCCUUCUUCAUCAUGUGGAGCCCCAUCAUCAUCACCAUCCUCCUCAUCCUGAUCCAGAACUUCAAGCAGGACCUGGUCAUCUGGCCGUCCCUCUUCUUCUGGGUGGUGGCCUUCACAUUUGCUAACUCGGCCCUAAACCCCAUCCUCUACAACAUGACACUGUGUAGGAAUGAGUGGAAGAAAAUUUUCUGCUGCUUCUGGUUCCCAGAAAAGGGAGCCAUUUUAACAGACACAUCUGUCAAAAGAAAUGACUUGUCAGUUAUAUCCAACUAACUAGUUUUUCUUUAUAGGCUGAGUUUCUCAUACCUGGCAAGCUGUGGCAUGCUUUUAAACAGAAUUCAUUUCCAGGACCCUCCACCAGCGUACCCUGCUUUAAGAAAAUGAACAUAUGCAAAUAAACAUCUACAGCAUUGGCAAAUUAAGGGAUGAUCAUCCAGUUUCACAAUAAAAUUCCUUUAUAAAAGGAUUUGUUAACUGAGUGCAGUGGCUCACACCUGUAAUCCCAGCACUUUGGGAAGCUGAGGCAGGUGGAUCACCUGAGGUCAGGAGUUUGAGACCAACCUGACCAACAUGGUGAAACCAUGUCUCUACCAAAAAUAGCUGGGCGUGGUGGUGGGCAUCUGUAAUCCCAGCUACUUGGGAGGCUGAGGCAGGAGAAUCGCUUGAACCUGGGAGGCAGAGGUUGCAGUGAGCCAAGAUUGUGCCAUUGCACUCCAACCAGGGCAACAAAAGCGAAACUCUGUCUAAAAAAAAAAAAAGGAUUUGUUAUGGGUUCCUUUUAAAUGUGAACUUUUUAAGUGUGUUUGUAAUAUGAUCGAAUUUAAUAAAUAUUUGUUUAUGACUGUUCAGCAAUCACAUCUCCUACAUAUAAAGCCACACCAUAGUGGCUUCUGAAGUGAGUCUUAAAACUGAUUCAGGAUGUAGAUUUCUCCUAUGAAGGGUCACAGACACCCUAUCCCCUACCUUGGACUCGUAAGCCUUUAGGAUCAUUCAUUAACGUCAAGAGCAAUUGAAGAAUUUUCAGGGAACAAUUAAAGGCGACUUACUUUUUUUUCAUCUAUAAAAAAUGCCAUGGGCCCUUUUAAGAGAAUCAGUGUCAUGAAAUCAGAGAGAAAGUAGAAUGACUCUGAAAUGUGUGAGAGUGAGUUCAGGAGUGGUUCGCUCCUGAUCCAUCCAGCAGAGAUGCCUCUUAAGCACCAGUGGUGGCAGACAGUAUUCUUUGUGCUGGGAAUACAGUGGUGAACCAGACAGCUGUGGGCCUCUCUCAGAGCUUACCUUCAAGUCAGGGGCAGAAAAACUAAAUAAAAGUCAAUAAAUUAUAUCUAUAUACAGAUAUAUAGAUGUAUUUGAGAUGAGAGUCUUGCUCCAAUGCCCAGGCUGGAGUGCAAUGGCACGAUCAUGACUCACUGCAGCCUCAAAUGCCUUGGCUCAAGCAGUCUGCCUGCCUCAGCCUCCCGAGUAGCUGGGAUUACAAGCAGGAGCCGCCAUGCCUGGCUACAAAGCAAUACACAGUAUAGCAUCACAGAGUGACUAAGCACCGUGAAGAAAAUGGGACAGGGGGCUGUGGGAGUGAUGGGAAUUUAGAUCAGGUGGAGAGGGGCCUAAGAAGACCUUUCUGAGGAGUGACAUUUGGAUCAAAAGGUAAGCGACAAGAAAGGGCAACCAUGUGAAUCGGGGGAACAGGCUUGGCAGAAGAAGAAGUGUUAGUGCGAAGAGGCUGACAUGCUUGAAGUGAGGGUGGUGUAAGACUCUUGAUGGCGCCUCCUCUGCACCUGGCGCUGCCUUUAAUACCCAGCUGGGGCCUGUCAGCUGAGGUCAGAAAAAGUACAGGGCUAGAUCACAUAGGGCCUAGGAGUUUAUUCUGUGCUCCAAGCCCCUGGGAGUUUGCAACUGGAUACUGGCAUGGCCUAAUGAAUGUGUGCCAAUAUUACCCUGGCUGCUGUGCAGGGAAUAGACUUUGAGGAGCAUGAGUGAAAAUGGAGACCAGCUAGGCAGCUGCUGAAGUGGAACAAGGGGAUAGGAUGUUGGAGGUGAGGCAUCAGUGAGGGACUGUGAGAAA